AUGACAAGUUCCCAACGCUUACCGCUUGAUCAGAGCUUGUUUGUUGUGACACACAACGCGAUUUAUUUGAGGUCGCAGCUUAGCCGCAAAACGCUGUUCGAGUGCGAGACCGCUAACGGCAUAGUCAACGCUCGUGCUUCGACAGAUAAUAGCAGCCUCUUCGCUGUGGCAGAUGGCCAGAUUGUUAUACUUCUUGAUCCUACGCGAAACAAGGACAGGAAGUACAAGUUGAAGAAUGGCGACGGCGAGCCACGUCUUCUAUUGUUCUCACCCGACUCGCGUACCUUGUACUUCACGACGACGCUGAACAAUUCGGUUCAAGCAUACUCCAUCCCCAAUGACGAGCUCCUGCCUUCCUUGCCAUCGCAUCCAUCUCCACCGAACGUGAUCGCGGUAUCUAGUAACGGCACCAUUCUUCUUUCAACCUCACCGAGUCCACCGACUAUCUACCUACAAGACCAAAGAUGGGGACGCAGCGCGGCGGUAAAUUUCCGUCCAACUGAUGCUUGUUCGCCCGCUACCUGCGCUGCAUUCGAACACUUGGAUGGUCUCGCACAGCCAUCGUAUACGAACUUCGUGAUUGGGUUUCAAGAUGGGUUACUAGCGAUGUAUCGACUUUUCCUACCUUCACUCCGAAAACGUUCCGAGGAACAACGCACACAUCAAUCGCAGUUCUUUCAGUUACAGCCCGUGCGAGUCGGUGUCAUCAAGAAGCUUCAUAAGCCAGCCAUGGGCGGUAUGUUGGCAGCGGAGUUCAUACCGGGCUACAAGUCGCGAAUUGUUAGCAUUAGGCAUGAUGGAAAGUGUCGACUUGUCGACUUUGAGAUUUCCGCGAAGGGCCCAGUAAGUUCGAAAGGCAGAGCAGACGGGACAGUGCUACUGGGUGGCGAUGCCACACAAGACAAAAGAGAGGUUUACGAAGGCUUUGAGACACUGAUUGCAAUCGGUACACAGGCUGGAGAGGUUCUCAUUUUCAACGUUCUGGGUCUACUGAUACAUGAGAUCGCUGUGGGAGUUUCUGUUACUGCUAUUGAGUGGGUUGGUGAUAUGAGCGCACCUUCGGCCCUUCCGACUCGCGUGUCAUCAUUGUCUCCGAGACCUCGUUCAGUUGCAGGUGUGGCGGAGGCGGAGCAAUUGACUUCUUCUGGAGAGGAAAUGGGUACUGUCAAGAAGAUAAUAUCAACUCACAAGCCAGCUGUGACAGGAAAACCGGUACCUGUUCUACCACUGCCAGAUCUGUUUUCCGAUGUGCCUAGAGAGUUCAGGUCGAGGGUACCUAGUCGCAGAGCCUCAGAUGUAUUGGAAAGCUCACCUCUCCGUGUCGAGCGAGUGCGCAAUAGGCCCGCAAAGAAGUCAUCGGCACGACUGCGCAUCUCCACAGAGACGUUCUGGUUGCCUCCAGACUCGUCUUCGCACGGCGUCUCUUACGUCGGCGCAAUAAAGCCGUUACUCAGACCCGAUCUACCAAUACAAGAAACUCGAAGAUGGCCGCAGGUACAUCAGGCGCCAAGUGUACUAACCCCCUCGCGAGCACGGCACUCUUCCGUUCCGCCUAGAUCACCUAGCUCGUCUGGAGACACGGAGUUUUCCAAUCAAGAAUGGUUCACACCUCCGUCCUCGCGAAGGUUCAAAAGGAAACCAUCACAGCGUCCUCUGAGCCCAAACUCAUCACUAGAUGCCUCAACCGUCACGAUAAUCCGCCCGAUGCCCUUUCCACAGACUUCUCCUACUGCAUUGGAUGCACCUAACAAUCUCUAUUCUCGUCCAACCUCCCGCAUGACGAAGAAAAGGUCUGUCAGAUAUCGAGAUUCUGUUGUGGAAGUAUCGAAUGGCUCAGUGAGCGUGCCAAAAGCUGUGCGUCACGUCACUAUCGUCGACCCAGAAUUUUCGUCGCCUUUGGAUAGCCCGAGUAGUCUGUACUCCCGCGCCAAUGCUCAGAUGUUCGAAAGACCUUUGCUGAGGAAGGCAAACGAGCAUGAAGUAGAUCAACAAUCUGCUCCUCUAGAUAAAACCGAGCCUUCGGACUUGAAGCCUGCUCUCAAGAAGAUCGACUCGGAGCCAGAAUCGCCCAGUAGUGCAUGCUCGUGCUCAACGCCAGGCGUGAAGAAAGACUUAGCUGCCGAUGAUCGCGUAAACGACAUUGCAGGCUCAAGCGAUUUGGUAUCGCGGCCGAGAACUCCUCAAGACUACAUAUCUGUCCCUGUCGCAGCGGAUUCUUCAUCGUCGCUUGAGAGCCUCUACUACCCCGCACCCCGUCUCAUAGCAAAAAGCGAUCUCGUCCAAAACCACAGUCAUGGCGACCUAACACCAAUUCUACAACGACAGCCAAUACCGAAAUCGAUCGACACGCGAGCAGAUUCACCAAGCAGUGUGUACUCCCGCUCCAUCUCAGGUGUGGCUGGAGAUACAUGUCAGAUCGACAGUGGUAUUACCGAAGAUACCGAAGAAUUAUCGUCGUCUUCCAACGCAUUUAGAGCGUUACCACAAGAACAGAAUCGACCCAGUAUCCAUGCCUUGGGCACCCCGUUAUUCACAAGCUCGCCAAGUAGUUUGUGUUCGCAGGCUAUACCUGGUAUGUUUCGAAAUCAUCUGCAGGCUAUUGACGAGCCAUCUGUGGAGAAGGCGAAGGGAAUGGGUUUAAGUAAUGUGAAUGAAGAGGCGAGGGCAGUGGCGGAGGAGGUGAGAGGUUUGACCGAGGAUCAAAGGGCGCUGAGACAGGAAGUCGCGGCUUUAAGAGAGGAGUAUCGGGUUUUGAAGGACACAUUGUUGAAGCCGAAGACAAAGCUAAUGGUGUGA